UUCCAACUCAUUAAUAAUCCCCUUUGUUCCAGCCGCUCUCACGGAUUGAAGCUUCGAUAGUUCGUUCACGACAAUCGAGAACUUAAAUUUAUACAUUACUCGAUAAAAUGAAGGUACCUGAUGUGGUUUUAAUGAGUGAUAUUUUGAAGCGUAUGACAGGCGAAUCUGCUUUGCCGGUUUAUUGCAACAUAGAGAAAUUCAAACGAGUCAAUAACGGUUUCUAUGUAGUCGCUGAGGAUUUUCACGAAAGUGUCAGGAAAAGAGAACAGGUCAAUGCCAAGGAACGGCUCCGGAUCCGUAACCUUAACACCAUGUUCUCGCGCUUGAAGCGAAUGGUACCACUGAUGCGACCAGACCGCAAGCCCAGUAAAGUGGACACUCUUAAAGCUGCAACCGAGUACAUUCGGUUACUUCUUGCAGUUUUGCAAGACACUGACACUACUAAGGGGAGCGAGACAGAUUUCCUAAAGAAUGCAAUGGCCUAUGGCCAGACUGAAGGCUUCGAUAGUGAUCUUUGGAAAAUCGAAGAUUUUCUGAAUAUGUCAGAGGACCAAACCAUCGAUGGCUUCGCUAUGCCCACGGAAACGGGAACAGAAGAGGGAGAUAUUAGCAGAUUGGUGCUACAACACUGUGCCAUGCCUGCAUACCAGUUCAUCAUUCAAGUAGCACCUGGCCAAUCUUAGGUGUCAUUGCUAUGAGGAGCAAUUUUCAGGGAGAUGCCAGAAGGUGACUUUUUAUUUAUUGUACUUUUGAAAGUAUUAGUUUGUGGUAACUGGUAGUUACUAUACCAAAAAAGUAUGUUAUUGGCAACAUAACUUGAAUUUAUUUGCAUGUAAAAGUAUCUUGGUUACACACACAUGUUCAAGUUAAAUGGGGAAAUUUUAUUUAAAUCAAGCUAUGAUCAGCUUUUGUGCUUUUUGUUAAGACAUUUAAUUCCCUUUACCUGAUUACAAAAUUGUUUCUGAAGUGCUGUACUUCUAUGGUGUCCCCACUG